GUGUAAUCGAGUGCCGUACUUACCUUCUUCGCAGGUUCUUCGGUCAAUCGAUGUGUCACGUGAAUAGUACAAAGAAUCUCUCAUGUGAUCCUUUCGAUACCUGUAAAUAACUCAUACGAAAUACGGUCGCUGGCUCCGUGUUCGUUCGCUACUUUUCGAAGGAACGUAAUCAGAUAGGAAAAAAAUGGGCGCAGCUGCAAUACCUGUGGUAGCCUUCACGCUUCUCUGGGGCGCCGUGGUAUUUCUAGGAGUAGCUCUACCACUUUUCGUUCCAAAGGGACCAAAUCGUGGGAUACUGCAAGUUCUCUUGGUAUUAACGGGCUUUACGUGCUGGCUAUUCUGGCUAUGUUGUUAUAUGGCACAAAUGAAUCCAUUGAUUGGGCCAAAAUUGAGUAGUAAGACCAUACUAGUUAUGGCUCGAGAAUGGGGUAAUCCUAUCACCGAUUAAUGAACAUUCCACCAGUCACGAAAUUUUUUAUUUUAAAUGUAUAUGUUCAUUCUCCGACAUUAUUUUCAAUGAAAAUAUAUAUACUCAAACAGAACACAAAAGUCAUAAUGAUGUCAUAAAUACUGUGACAUCAUUAUGCCUUUUUGUGGCUUUGUGUACUAUCUAGAUAAUUAGGAAUGUAAAUGAAGAAAAAAUGCCAGUAUGUCUUAAUAAUUCCUAU